AUGGCCGAGACGAAACUUUUCGAGCCGCUUGAGCUGGGCACGGUGCAGCUUCAGCACCGUGUGGUCAUGGCACCUCUUACCCGACUUCGUGCCGACAAGGACCACGUCCAAUUGCCUAUUGCUGUGGAAUACUACUCGCAAAGGGCAUCAGCAGGGGGUCUUAUCAUCGCCGAAGCAGUCCUGAUCUCUCCUGAACAUGGUGGCUUCAGAAACGCACCAGGAAUAUACACAGAAGCCCAGAUCCAGCGAUGGAAUGAAAUCACUGAUGCAGUUCAUGCCAGAGGCGGGUUCAUCUAUGCUCAACUGGUUUCGGUCGGUAGAGUCGCAGACACCACUCUCUUGAAGGAAGAAGGAGAUUUCCCUCUUCUCAGCUCUAGCGAAACGCCAUUCACCGAAGGACCAGACUCCCUCCCUCACGCCAUGACCGAGCAAGAAAUCAAANAAGCAGCAGACACCUUUGCCCAAGCAAGCACAAACGCAAUCAAAGCAGGCUUCGACGGCAUAGAACUGCACGGCGCAAACGGCUACCUCAUCGAUCAAUUCACCCAAGAUACCUGCAACCGCCGCACCGACUCUUACGGCGGCAACAUCCAAAACCGCUCUCGAUUUGCCCUUGAAGUUUCUCAAGCUUGUGUUGAUGCUAUCGGUGCUGAUCGUGUCGGUUUCCGCAUCAGUCCCUUUAGCACUUUCCAAGGCAUGAAGAUGAAGNAUCCUCUCCCUCAGUUCUCGCACUUGGUCACCGAGCUCAAGAAGCAGAAACUGGCUUACUUGCACAUCAUCGAGUCGCGCGUCAUCAACAGUGUUGAUUGCGAAAAGACUGAGGGUAUUGAGCCGUUGCUAGAGAUUUGGGAUAACGUGUCUCCUGUUUUGGUUGCCGGUGGCUUUUCUCCUCAAUCGGCGAAAGUUGCGGUUGAUGAAGAGUAUAAGGAGCACGAUACUGCUGUUGUGUUUGGACGUCACUUCAUCGCCAACCCGGAUCUACCGAAGAGGAUCGAGAAGGGAUUGGGAUUGAACAAGUAUGACAGGAGUACGUUUUAUGCUCCUAUGCAAAAGGAAGGGUAUUUGGAUUAUCCAUUUUACGAGCAGAGUAAGGACGUAGAGAUCCAGGCAUGA